AUGGACUCGGUGUACUCAGGCACUGAGGGUAUCCGUCCUGGAGGCGGGCGAGGGCCCGCAGCAGCUGUCGUGGUGGACCCAGCGGAAGCCGUUUUUCCCUUCCGCAAGGUUUCCAAGGCUGGCAUCCUGACCUCAUCGUUCAUGUGCCGAAUGUUCGGUCUCUUCACUCACCAGCUGAUCCCCGAGUCCACGGUCGCAGGCUAUCGCGUUGCCUAG